CACAACACAUCACAGAUUGUAAUAUGCGAAAACUACUGGAAUGACAUAAUGCGAGAAAAGUGCAUAGCAAAUUUCAAAUGCAAAAAUGAAAUUAAUAAGAUAAAAGUAACCAGAUACUAACCUUUUUGUUGUUUUCUUUUAGUGUAAAACUGGAAUAGUACACAAAAUUUUUGCAUCUAAUCAUUGAUGUCUUGUUUUUUGAUGUCAAAUUUAAAUAAAAAAGGGAAUGUUUUCCAGUAAAAUAACCUGCAGUCUACCUUUUAAUUGUAUGGGAAUAACAAGGGAUUCAGGAUCUGACGAAUUGUUACCAAGUAAAAUGUCUAGAGAACCAGUUAUUUUAAAUGUUUAUGAUAUGUAUAAAGUGAACGAAUAUACGGCCAAUAUCGGAAUUGGAGUGUUCCAUUCUGGAGUUGAAAUGUAUGGUUCAGAAUUUGCAUAUGGAGGUCAUCAGUAUCCUUUUACAGGCAUUUUUGAAAUUCUUCCUAGAGAUGAUAGUGAAUUAGGGGAACAAUUUAAAUUUAGGCAAUCUGUUCUAAUUGGUUAUACAGACUUUACAGAAGAAGAUGUAAAAAGAAUUGUGUCAGAAUUAGGAAAAGAAUUUAGAGGAGAUAGAUACCAUCUUAUGAAUAAUAAUUGUAACCACUUUGCAAACUCGUUUACAAAGAUUUUAUGUGGAAAAGACAUUCCUCCAUGGGUAAAUCGCUUAGCUUAUUUAAGUAGCUGGGUUCCAUUCCUAGAACGUUGUUUGCCAAAAGAAUGGUUGACUCCAGUGGCAUUACAAUAUUCAAUUUCUCACAGACAAGACUCUACCUGCUCAGAAUCGCCUUGUACAACACCCUCUUAUUAACUUUUAUAAUAACUUAGGAUAUUAAAUACUUAUAAUUAUUUUACUUUUUGUAUUAAAUCUAUAAAAUCAUCUGUACAGAUGUUAUAAGUUC